AUGAGUUCUCCUCAACGAGUGACAACUCCUCAAAGUGGCGCAAGUGACUAUUGCAACACAAGAGACACUCCCCAAAUUUUGAGAACUAGAAAUCUCGAUUCUCCUUUACUCUUAAACCGACAAGAUAUUGGACUGAAUAACAUUUCGCCAAUCGUUCUUCAUAAGGUUCAACAAUUAUCGUUUCUCUCUACGUGCCUUGUUGCUUGUCAGGACGAGGAAGAGCCUGAUAACAAUUAUACUGAUGGUGAAUACGACGAUGAGAAUAUUCCGCCUCUUGGAUACGAUGUCUCUGCGAAACCUUUUUUUGAUCCUCGUUUGAAAUCCAGUGAUCGUGAACCACUUGCAGAAUUGGAUUUGAGAUUUUAUAAAAAUUCCCAUCAAUGCCUCUUACCUCCAAAUCAAUUAAGAAAGAAGAAAAUUCACAGUGAAAAAGAUCCAGCUGCCCUUAAUAUCGAUAAUAUACUUUAUCAGAAUGACUGUAAUUCUGAUGAUGAAGAUGGUGUUAAUUCCUCUUAUCCUACUGAAACUCCACCUAAUAAAAAAUUAGGAUUAACUCCUGAUAAUCAAACCAAAGACACCGAUUCGGAAAUCAAAGAGAAGCCAAUUCCAAUUGCCAUCUUCACCACGCCUAUCGAAUCAACUAGUAAAGAAAGUUGCAAGACGGAUAAAAUUAAAAGGAAGAUACGGACUCCAGGAUCCAGUAAACCACAAUCUGUCAAAUCAGAAUCUGAUAAGUUGCAAAAUUCACCGUUUUUUGUCUGGGAAGAUCCUAAUCUUGAAGAAGAAGAAGCAGCUAAUGAUCAGUAUGACAACCAAGAAGAAUCUAAUGCACAAGAUAAUAGCAAAAAAAUGGAAAUAUAUGAUUCGCCGUUUGUACGUCGACUUCGAUCGGUUAUUUUUGAAGAAGACGACGAUGACAAGGACGAUUCAAAUUCUGACUAUUCAAUCUCACAUUUAAUCGAUCAAUCCACGCCAACUCGUGCUUCAAAUAAUCAAAAAAGUCCGCUUGCCUCUCUCACGCCUAUUGCUGCAAAGAGCAUCUUUUGGAAUGAAGAUUCAUAA